AUCGCCGCCACCGCUCACGGCACCAAUCAUCAUCAUCACAAAUCUCAUUUCGCAUGGUCCAAUAUCCGAUUUCUCAUCGGAAACAUCCCUAAUUCAAAAUCAAUCGAAGAAAUCACCGCUCAAAAUUUGUUGCUAGGGAUUUGAGUGAGUGAGAGAAGAUGGAGCAGCUAAAGACAAUUGGAAGAGAGCUAGCGAUGGGAUCACAAGGAGGAUUUGGUCAGUCGAAGGAGUUUCUCGAUCUGGUCAAAUCAAUCGGAGAAGCACGAUCUAAAGCCGAAGAAGAUCGGAUCGUUCUCAGCGAGAUCGAUAUACUAAAACGAAGAUUGUUAGAGCCAGAUAUUCCCAAGAGGAAGAUGAAAGAGUACAUUAUACGACUUGUUUACAUAGAGAUGUUAGGUCACGACGCUUCUUUUGGUUACAUUCACGCCGUGAAGAUGACUCACGACGACAAUCUUCUUCUCAAGCGUACUGGUUACUUAGCAGUGACGUUGUUUCUCAACGAAGAUCAUGAUCUUAUUAUCCUUAUUGUUAACACGAUUCAGAAAGAUCUCAGAUCCGAUAACUUUCUCGUUGUUUGCGCGGCGCUUAAUGCGAUUUGUAGGUUGAUUAAUGAAGAGACGAUUCCGGCGGUUUUGCCUCAGGUUGUUGAGUUGCUUAAUCAUCAAAAGGAAGCUGUGAGGAAGAAAGCUAUUAUGGCUUUACAUAGAUUUCAUCGGAAGUCUCCUUCUUCGGUUUCGCAUUUGAUUACUAAUUUCAGAAAGAGGUUAUGUGAUAAUGAUCCUGGAGUUAUGGGAGCGACUCUUUGUCCGUUGUUUGAUCUUAUAAGUGAAGAUGUUAGUUCCUACAAGGAUUUGGUUAGCAGUUUCGUUAGCAUUCUCAAACAGGUCACUGAGAGAAGAUUGCCAAAGAGUUAUGAUUAUCAUCAAAUGCCUGCACCUUUUAUACAGAUCAAGUUGCUGAAGAUAAUGGCUUUGCUGGGUAGUGGUGAUAAGAAUGCUAGUGAAAUCAUGUCUAUGGUGCUUGGAGAUUUGUUCAGAAAGUGUGAUUCCUCUACCAAUAUAGGAAAUGCGAUCCUUUAUGAGUGUAUUCGAUGUAUUUCUUGUAUACUUCCAAAUCCCAAGCUGUUGGAAGCUGCUGCUGAUGCUAUCUCCAAGUUUUUGAAGAGUGAUAGUCACAAUCUGAAGUACAUGGGUAUUGAUGGUCUUGGUCGUUUGAUAAAAAUAAGCCCAGACAUUGCUGAGCAGCACCAACUUGCUGUGAUAGAUUGUUUGGAGGAUCCAGAUGAUACACUAAAGAGGAAGACAUUUGAAUUGUUGUACAAAAUGACAAAGUCGUCUAAUGUAGAAGUGAUUGUCGACCGAAUGAUUGAUUACAUGAUUAGCAUCAAUGACAAUCAUUACAAAACUGAGAUAGCAUCUCGUUGUGUAGAAUUGGCCGAACAAUUUGCUCCAAGCAAUCAAUGGUUCAUCCAGAUCAUGAAUAAAGUCUUCGAGCAUGCAGGAGAUCUGGUAAAUAUUAAGGUGGCACAUAAUCUGAUGCGUUUGAUUGCUGAAGGAUUUGGAGAGGACGAUGAUGAUGCAGACAGCAAGCUCAGAUUAUCAGCUGUGGAAUCGUACUUGCAGCUUAUAAGCGAGCCAAAACUUCCAUCCCUGUUUCUUCAGGUAAUUUCUUGGGUCUUGGGAGAAUAUGGCACAGCUGAUGGGAAAUAUUCUGCCUCCUAUAUUAGUGGAAAGCUGUGCGAUGUGGCAGACGCAUACUCAAGUGAUGAAACUGUAAAGGGUUAUGCUGUUUCUGCACUAAUGAAGAUCUACGCAUUUGAAAUUGCAUCUGGGAGAAAGGUUGAUGUUUUGCCAGAGUGCCAAUCUUUGAUCGAAGAGCUACUGGCUUCACAUUCAACAGAUCUUCAGCAACGUGCAUAUGAGCUUCAGGCUCUCCUUGCUCUAGAUGCCCGUGCUGUUGAGAGUAUACUCCCUUUAGAUGCUAGUUGCGAAGACAUUGAGGUUGACAAGGAUCUUUCAUUUCUCAAUGGCUAUAUCCAACAAGCUAUCGAGAGUGGAGCACAACCUUAUAUUUCUGAGAGAGAGCGCUCGGGGAUGUUUGAAACAACCGAUUACCAUCCCCAGGAUCAUCACGAAGUUCCAUCUCAUGCUCUUCGAUUCGAAGCCUAUGAACUUCCAAAGCCAUCAGGGCCACCACAAGCUUCGAACGAGCUUGUUCCAGUACCCGAGCCUUCUUAUUAUAGCGAGUCACACCAGCCAAUUUCAACAUCUUUGGUUUCUGAACGAGAGUCUUCAGAAAUUAAGCUGCGACUCGAUGGAGUUAAGCAAAAAUGGGGUAGACCGAGCUAUCAAUCGACCACAUCAUCUUCUUCUACUACUCAGCAAGCAGCAAACGGUACCCCUACAUACUCGGAUGCAGGAGUUGGUUCAUCUAGCUCAAAGCCUCGAAGCAGCUAUGAACCAAAGAAACCCGAAAUCGAUCCCGAGAAACAGAGACUCGCUGCAUCCUUGUUUGGUGGACCGUCAUCAAGAACUGAUAAAAAGUCAUCUUCUGGUGGUCACAAGCCGGCGAAAGGAACUGUUAACAAACCUGCAGCCGUCCCCAAGGAAAAUCAAACCCCUGUUCAACCGCCACCGGACUUGCUCGACUUAGGCGAGCCAACUGCCACAACCGUUACAGCAAUGGAUCCAUUUAAAGAGUUGGAAGGUCUUCUGGAUUCUUCGAGUCAAGAUGGGGGUUCAUCCGAUGUAAUGGGACUAUACUCAGAUGCAGCACCUGUGACCACAACCACAAGUGUUGACUCUCUCUUAUCCGAACUGUCUGAUAGCUCCAAAGGAAACCCACGCACGUACCAAUCUCAAACCUCAAAAGGACCAAACACAAAGGAAGCUCUCGAGAAAGAUGCUCUUGUUAGACAAAUGGGUGUGAACCCAACAAGUGUCCCGGUCCUCGAUAUGGGGAGCACGGUUGAUGUUAGAUGGGGUUCUCCAACAUUUCACAAGAUGGGAAAUGAAAAAUUUAAAGCAGCAUUCUCAUCCUUCAACGAUGUCAAAUUGUCAAUGUGUAAUCUUGCAAUAAGAAAUCGGAUCAGAAAACUUUGUUUCCGAGCAGGCGGCAAUAGGAGAGAUUCAGAAGGAGUGAAGAGAUAUGUUGGGAAAUGGUGUGGUUCGGAAGAAAAGAAUCCAGGUCACUUUAACUACGACAUGUAUAUGUAUUGGGACGAGGAACCUAAUUGGAAAUCAGUUCCUCCUCUUAAAACGCCGUGAGAGGCAAGAAAACAAUUCUUGGGAA